AUGCUGCUGCCUGUAAAUUAAUCAAAUCUUUGCAGCUGUAUUUGAAUUUGCAACUGCUUCUGGUCAACCAAGGUUAAUUUAACUAAGGGUUCCGCAUUUGCAAAAUUCUACUUUGUUCUUAUUUUUCUUCUGUGGGGUAUCAUGGUGGUUGACAUAAUUUGUUCUGCUCAUAGUAUUUACUAUAGUGUAGGAAACUGGCCAUUGUUAAUUUAUAUAAUUUUACUCCAUAAUAAAAAAUAAAAAACACCCAUAAUUUAUCUUCAUAAAUCACUCCUCUAUGCUUUCUGCUUAUUCAACCUAUAUGUAAGCUAUAUAUCCUUCCUUGUUUACUUCCAUCCUUCCUUGUUUCUUUACUUCCUUUCCUUUAUAUAGUAAGAUACAGUACUUUGGGAACAGUCCCUCAUUGUGCAUGACAGUGUUCGUGUUGUGUGGGACAAAGGUUUAAAUUGGUCUUGCCCAAUUUGUAGUUUUAUACUAAACAGGAAUUAGUGUCUUUGAACUGAUGUCAUCCUGUUCUAUGUUUCCUGGCAGGUCACUGUCCCCCUGAGUCACCUGAUCAACACCCUCCACUCCCUGAAGAGCUCAAUAGGAAGCAGCAGCAGUGUCACUGCUAAACCUCCGCACAGACAGCAUGCCUCAGAACAGGACUUGCAUAGUACUGAGGUAAACACACAUAUGUGGCCUACAGAUUGCAGGCCUGCCAAGAACAAAGACAAAGCAGCUGGCAAAUACUGCUCUGUGUCAGCGGUCAUGGGCAGCCUAGUUAUAUGGGGAAGAAGGUGCUUUCUGUAUCCACAAGUGUCCAUGUAUCUGUAACCUUUGAAAUGUUUGAAUCCUUUUGAUAUGGAAUAUGAUUUGUGGAUUCAAAUAAACCAUUUAAAAUGUCUGUGUGUGUGUGUCCGUCUCUGUUUGUGCGUGUAUGUGUAGCCCACGUGGAGCCUGAGGGACCUGGGCCUGUCUGACCUGGGCGUGCGGCAGCUGGAAGAGCUAGUGAGCGGUAUGUUACCACGUCUGAGUCAACAGGGGGCGCCGUCCUCAUCCAGCCCCAGCCAACAGGCCUGGAGGACCUCCCACCUGUCUUCACAGUCGUUCUUUCACAACAAGCAUGGUGAGGCUAAGGACAUGCCUAUUUAUAAUGACGAUUAUAGGAACUCUACUGCUGGUUGGUGAUUAUUCCACAAACAUAAAGGUCAUCUUUAGCACUAAGAUAAUCUUAGACAAAUGCUGAUCUUAAUGUUACCCGUAGGAAUGUGCAUCUUUCCCUUUCAAGAUGAUUCGCUAGGUAUCUAGAUGCAUGGGCUCCGAUACUAUACAGGAACGAUACGUUUUAGAGAACGAAUCGAUGCGUUUCGGUUCGAUACGAUGCACUAACAUUUGUUGCAUAAACACAUUCAUUUUCCAUUCUAAAUUAAAAUCUGCGGCUGAUUGAGCUCAUGAGCUGGGCCUUUGAGUUGGACCUCUGUGUGUGUGUGUGUGUGUAAAUUAUGUACUGUAUGUCUAUGGUGUAUGUAAUAUGUAGGCACCUGAGCUGAGCCAUAAGAGAGACUAGGCAUCUACCACCCCACUACCAAAAUCAGAUUAUGGGGGACAAUGUAGCCUAUGUUUUUUUGUCCCCCCACUUUGGUUCUGAAAUCACUGUCACCCACUAAUUAACUUGUUAUUUUUGGCGAUUUAAGUGUUUGAGCUAGUAAUGUAUCAAUAUUUAUCAUUGACAAAUUAGCUAUGACAUGACUAUACACUCAGUGGCCAGUUUAUUAGGUACACCACCCCGUUCAUGAAAAUAGUUAGCUCCUACAGACAAUGAGUCACGUGGCUGUGGCUUGCUAUAUAAAGCAGGCAGACAGGUAUAGAGGCAUUCAGUUACUGUUCGAUUGAACGUUAGAAUGGGCAAAUUGAGUGAAAAAAGCUUGUUGAUGAGAGGUCGCAGGAGAGUAGCAAGAAUCGUGCAAGCUAACAGGCGGACCACAAACGGGAAUGUAGAAAUAAUCUAAUAUGAGAAAAACAUUUUAGUAACCUCCAAUUUGAAUCGAUUUUAUGUCAGAUGCAUGCUACAUUUGGAUCGGUUUGGGGUCCGCGGACCGUUGGACUUGUAUCUUAAACAUUUGAAUCGGGGACCGAUGCGUAUCGGUGAAUCGCUACAUCCCUAGUUACCCGGUAAUAGUAAAUCUACUGUAACCCGAUUUAGCUGAGUUUAAAUAGCCUUUUGUGUUGUUGGGGCCCAUAUCAAAGGGUGUGUGUCGUUGCCUGCUUGUGAUUGCAGCAUAGAAUACAUAUGAUGCUCUUGUGAUGAGGCAAAGUUGGUGUGGAAGAGGUGAAAAAGUUGUUGCUAUCUAUAAAUAAGAACAAGCCACCUGGUACCGACAAUCUGGAUGGUAAAUUGCUGAAGUUGGUAGCGGAAUACAUUGCGACUCCUGGUUGCCACAUCUUCAAUUUAAGCCUAGAAGACAGUGUGUGCCUUCAGGCCUGGAGGGAUGCAAAGGUCAUUCCGCUGCCUAGGAACAGCAAAGCACCCUUUUAAUGGUUCAAACAGCCGAUCAAUCAGCCUGUUACCGGUGCUUAGCAAACUUUUGGAAAAAAUCGUGUUUCACCAAAUACAUUGGUAUUUUACAGAAAACAAAUUAACAGACUUUCAGCAUGCUUAUAGGGAAGGGCAGUCCACAUGCUCAGCACUGACACAAAUGACUGAUGAUUGGCUGAAAGCAAUUGAUAAUAAGAAGAUUGUGGGAGCUGUUUUGUUAGAUUUCAAUGCAGCCUUUGGUAUCAUUGAUCACAACCUAUUGCAGAAAAAACAGGGGUUAUGGAUUUACAUCCUCUGCCUUAUCAUGGAUUGAGAUUAAUACAUAAUAAAAUACUAAAUACCAAAAAUACGUGUUUUGCAUAGCACCGAUUUGAUGUAUUUUAUGGAAUUCAUUAUGUAUUGUUUAUAUGAACAAGUUUAUUUUAAGACAGAGAAUCAUGAAUAUGUGGUUAUAAAUGUAACUAAAUCCUAAGAGGAGGAUUGUCUGAAGUGAAGAAGACCAUUUGGGUUGAAUAUGCACAUCCAACUCUCCGUCCAUUGUCUUUCUAGGGUUCUCUGGCGGCAACAUUGGCACUGACUCCCCUGUUUUCUGCAGACAGAUCCCCUCCCCUCUUCAAACCGUUUUCACAGAGUUCCACUACUGGCCAGGUAACAGAAGAUCAUUCUAUAAUCUAUUUAAGCAUGCAGUGCCCGAUUUCGGUUACUUGCUUAUUGAUAAUAUGUUUACACAACUUAAUUUAUUAAUUUCCCAACGUUUUGUAAGUCAGAACACAAAAGACUAGCCAUUCUAUGCUUCUGUUGAAUAAACGUGUCUCUGGCUCCAUCCACUGGUCAGCUGCGUCAUUACAUCACAUUUUGUCUCUUUGUCACGGCACGUCAAGGGGGCGGUUCUUAGAAAAGCUGCUCUUCCGGUCAACUCUCCUGAUUCUUAUCAGCAGGCGGUUCUAAAUAUAUAACAUUCAUAGUUGUACGAUAAAGAAUGCGACCUAGACACUCCCUUAAACUGAAAAGUAAAUAAGUAAUUUUGUGUGGAAGUCAAAAAGUUCAUUACACAUAAUUUGUAAACUGCAAAUGAACCGCAAGAAGCCCAAACAGAUAAAACAUUUGACUAAACAUAAUCAUUUCAAACCUUUCUUACAUUUGUAUAUGAUCACAUACUGUAUAUCUCUCUAUUAUGCGUGAGAAUACUUUAGAACAGAUUCCAAAAUUGAAAUCACAACAAUAUGUUUUGCUAAGAAAACUUUGGGUGCCAAAUAAAAUUGCCCGUGAGUGAUUUUAUUUGGCCCCCAAAUAUAUAUAUUAAAGCAAUAACAAAUAUGUAAAUCCGGGACACUCAAAUUAGUAUGAUACAGUGGGGGAAAAAAGUCUUUAGUCAGCCACCAACUGUGCAAGUUCUCCCACUUAAAAAGAUGAGAGAGGCCUGUAAUUUUCAUCAUAGGUACACGUCAACUAUGACAGACAAAAUGAGGAAAAUAAAAUCAAGAAAAUCACAUUGUAGGAUUUCUUAUGAAUUUAGUUGCAAAUUAUGGUGGAAAAUAAGUAUUUGGUCAAUAACAAAAGUUUCUCAAUACUUUGUUAUAUACCCUUUGUUGGCAAUGACACAGGUCAAACGUUUUCUGUAAGUCUUCACAAGGUUUUCACACACUGUUGCUGGUAUUUUGGCCCAUUCCUCCAUGCAGAUCUCCUCUAGAGCAGUGAUGUUUUGGGGCUGUCGCUGGGCAACACGGACUUUCAACUCCCUCCAAAGAUUUUCUAUGGGGUUGAGAUCUGGAGACUGGCUAGGCCACUCCAGGACCUUGAAAUGCUUCUUACGAAGCCACUCCUUCGUUGCCCGGGCGGUGUGUUUGGGAUCAUUGUCAUGCUGAAAGACCCAGCCACGUUUCAUCUUCAAUGCCCUAGCUGAUGGAAGGAGGUUUUCACUCAAAAUCUCACGAUACAUGGCCCCAUUCAUUAUUUCCUUUACACGGAUCAGUCGUCCUGGUCCCUUUGCAGAAAAACAGCCCCAAAGCAUGAUGUUUCCACCCCCAUGCUUCACAGUAGGUAUGGUGUUCUUUGGAUGCAACUCAGCAUUCUUUGUCCUCCAAACACGACGAGUUGAGUUUUUACCAAAAAGUUAUAUUUUGGUGUCAUCUGACCAUAUGACAUUCUCCCAAUCCUCUUCUGGAUCAUCCAAAUGCACUCUAGCAAACUUCAGACGGGCCUGGACAUGUACUGGCUUAAGCAGGGGGACACGUCUGGCACUGCAGGAUUUGAGUCCCUGGCGGCGUAGUGUGUUACUGAUGGUAGGCUUAGUUACUUUGGUCCCAGCUCUCUGCAGGUCAUUCACUAGGUGGUUCUGGGAUUUUUGCUCACUGUUCUUGUGAUCAUUUUGACCCCACGGGUGAGAUCUUGCGUGGAGCCCCAGAUCGAGGGAGAUUAUCAGUGGUCUUGUAUGUCUUCCAUUUCCUAAUAAUUGCUCCCACAGUUGAUUUCUUCAAACCAAGCUGCUUACCUAUUGCAGAUUCAGUCUUCCCAGCCUGGUGCAGGUCUACAAUUUUGUUUCUGGUGUCCUUUGACAGCUCUUUGGUCUUGGCCAUAGUGGAGUUUGGAGUGUGACUGUUUGAGGUUGUGGACAGGUGUCUUUUAUACUGAUAACAAGUUCAAACAGGUGCCAUUAAUACAGGUAACGAGUGGAGGACAGAGGAGCCUCUUAAAGAAGAAGUUACAGGUCUGUGAGAGCCAGAAAUCUUGCUUGUUUGUAGGUGACCAAAUACUUAUUUUCCACCAUAAUUUGCAAAUAAAUUCAUAAAAAAAUCCUACAAUGUGAUUUUCUGGAUAUUUUCUUCUCAAUUUGUCUGUCAUAGUUGACGUGUACCUAUGAUGAAAAUUACAGGCCUCUCUCAUCUUUUUAAGUGGGAGAACUUGCACAAUUGGUGGCUGACUAAAUACUUUUUUUCCCCACUGUAUGUUAUGUUUGGUAUGGUUUCAUAAGACAGAUGGUUACUUAAGGCAAAAAUGAAAGUGGGGUGGAUGUGUGGACGCAGCCCAAAGUUUGAAUCUUUAGUAUUUAGGCUAACUAGCAACUUUUUAUCUACUUACUACUUUUUAUCUACUUUGCAACUACUUAGCAUGUUAGCUAACCCUAACCCUAUCCUUAACCCUUUUAACUAACCCUUCCCCUAACAUUAAACCUUUUAGCUAACCCUAACCCCUUUAACCUAACUCCUAAACUUAACCUUAAACCUAACCCCUAGCCUAGCUAGCUAAUGUUAGCCACCUAGCUAGAAUUCGUAAGAUAUCAUACGUUUUGCAAAUUCAUAACAUAUUUUACGUUUUGCAAAUUCGUAACAUAGUGUGUAAUACGAAUUGUAAUUCGUAACAUAUCAUACGAAAUGGGGGAUGGACAUCCACAAAUUAAUACCUACCAUACGAAACGCUCUGAGACCAGGUUGUCAUAUUUGUAUUUGAUUGAUUAUACUUGUAUUAUGUACUAGAUCAUAUGGGUUGAAAAGUGUUUUUUUCUCAGACAUAAAUAAACAAUUCCAGGUGAAAGCCAACGGUCAUAGCUUUCAGGGGAGAAAGACUACGACAUUAUUCAAAAUAUUGCCUUGCUAGAUUGAUGAACACAGCCAUAGCAAAACAGUGAAAACGGCUGUCAGCUCAAUAGUCUGUUCUAUUGUAUUGCAAUUAAGUGACUAUAAUAAAUACUGAGCAAAAGUCCCAGCUUAGUACUCCUGUAAAUGCAAUUCAAUGUCAACAGUGGCAAGCUUGUGAGAACAGAUAGAAACUUGCAUGGGAGCCUAAUUUACCCCUUGCUAUUGGAAUAUUUUAGAGGAAGAGUUCAUGCAAUGAAAUGUUGGAGGGCAGGGUGUUUGUCUGUUAUUUUGUUUUGACAAUCACUCUCAAUCAAUCAAAAAUGUACAAAACAUCUUAUUAAUGUGUAGUUAGAUUUUCUAUGUGUUAAACAUAUGCGUGCCCUUGUUUCCAGUGUGGGUCCAAAGCCGAGGCUUUAAAACUCUAAGGAAACACAAGCGACUGCAGGCAGGCUUUGAGCGUCCCAUGGAACCAGACGGCUUUACGCCAUCCUUUAUGAAGGUGAGACCCCGGUUUGUCUGUACUCUGUCACUCUCUAGAUAGAGUAUUUGGUCAUGUUCAUUAUGCCAGACCAUACCAAAAUGUGUUAAAACGAUUUACAACCUGAAAACAAGCAUUUCCUCAUUAGACAAAGAAUGAUGGUAACUCCCAGUUUCGCAGCCUGGUUGCAUUGUAAACAUCUCUGACUCUGUUGUCGCAUGGAGGGCCUCCUGACGCGUGAUAAGGGGAUGGAGGUGGAAACCCUGGACAAGCUCCUGAAGAACAAGAACAUUCCAGAUGGGCAGCAAGAGUAUUUUAAGACCGGGUUUGCAGAGGGCUUCCUGAAAUCCCAAGCGCUGACACGGCGCACACAAGGCAAGUGUAUAUACACAGACACAACAUUGCUAAACGUUUUGAGAUGGAAAACCAAAACGGCGUUCUUAGUGGACAAGCUCAGGUAGUAUCUCCUUCGUUUCACAACAUUGUCUCUUGUUUCUUGCCUACUAAAUAUGAACUAGGUCUACGUUGCCUCCCAUGAUGUUGGCUGUUAGUGGAUUCAGAAAAUGAACGUCUACUCUCCUUGCAGUGAGCAUUAAAUUACCAACGUUUCAGCACGCAGGCCCUGAAGGCCUGAAUUGGUAAUUAAAUGCUCAUUGCAGCAAGAGAUGAGUGUUGUCCGACUUUCAUUUUUCUUGAAAGCGGAUUGAAACACACAUUCUCUCCCCUUCUCUACAGACUCUCUGAGGAGGACGAGGUUUAUACUGCUGGUCCUGCUGUUGGUGGGACUCUACGGCCUCUCCAAGACCCCCUUCCUAUCGGGUAAAGGCUCCUUUUUCAUUUUGUCCAUAUGCAUCUCUCUAAUCAAGCUCUAAGACCCUCACUCUGGCAUGCAGCUUGGUGUGUACCUUUUAAAGGAAAACUCCACUCAAAAACGUUUGGUAUUUGUUUCAUUAGUCCAUUGUUGACAUAGUCCCAAAAUAUUUUCCUUGUCAGCAAUCAAGUUUUCAAGAUAUGUAACUUUCAAAAUACAGAAAUCACCCCAUAUGAUGCAUUUUGCAUCAUAUGAUGCAAAAUGAAUCAUACAGGGAUGAUUUCUGUAUUUUGAAAGUAAUGUAAAUGUAACCACUGUCAAAUUCAUAGACAGUCCAUGAGAGUGACAUGAUGGUUUAUGAAGCUGUAUAUUGUCUGUUUAAAGUUACAUUCUUCAUAAAUGAAUGGGUAGCCUAUAUCAUUUAUUCAAAUGACAAUUGAACAGCCUCCCAGAUUGAGCCUUUUAACCUUUUGCUGAUGCAUUCAGAAUUUACACACAAAAAGAAUGCUCAACAAAUUUGAUGAUGAGUAAUCGAGAACUUGAUGUUGUGAUAUUGUUACUAAUCGUUUCCAUCAAUUUACUUUACUGAAUGCUUCUAAAAAAUAGUGAUUUGUUGGCAAACAAAAAAAAUCAAACCAUAGCUAAGAAUGUGUUUGCAUCCGAGCAGUGUGAUUUCGAUCCUUAUUCUAACCAUUCUGGACAGUGCGAUUCCGAACCACAUCAGGCCUGGACUCGGCGGUGGACCCUGUCCAAAUGAAGAACGUGACGUUUGAGCACGUCAAGGGGGUGGACGAGGCCAAGAACGAGCUGCAGGAGGUGGUGGAGUUCCUCCGGAGCCCAGAAAAGUUCACCGUCCUCGGAGGGAAACUGCCGAAAGGUGCAGCAGACCGUCAAGCUGUUUUAUAAUAAUAUAUCAAAUAUUCCAUUUAGCAGACUCUUUUAUCCAAAGCGACUUACAGUCAGUCAUCCUUGCAUACAUUUUAUGGUCUUUAGUUGAUCAGGGUUGUGUUCAUUAGGCACCAAACAAGAACACAUUUAACAGGAAACACUACCUGGAUUUGUCCAAUAAGAAACGCUCACAUUUGUUUUCCGUUACAAAACAUAAAAAAUAAAAAAAUGGUUCCGUGUCCUGAUGAACACGACCUGGGUUUAGACUAACUGAACAAUGCUGAAUUCAAGAAGUUGUUUAGGCAGGCAGCCAGAUCUUCCUCUGAUGGAAGACGAAAAUGUUGCCAUCUUUGUCACCACUUUUAAUUUACUUUAUCUCACAUUAGAUUUCAAUCUGUUGUUCUUCUUUCAACAUUCAUAAAAAAAAAACGUCAGAUAAUAUACAGUAAUACAAUAUUCAUAUUUUACAGUUGUUUAUUGCUUGUGCGCUCUCUCUCUCUGUAGGGAUCUUGCUGGUUGGCCCUCCUGGCACUGGGAAGACUCUGUUGGCCAGAGCCGUAGCUGGAGAGGCCGACGUCCCCUUUUAUUACGCCACCGGUUCGGAAUUUGAUGAGAUGUUUGUGGGGGUUGGAGCCAGUCGCAUCAGGAACCUCUUCAGUGAGUCCCAUCUCAUCUUCAAGUCUCGCCCUAUUCCUGGCUUCCAACCCUGAACCUAAUAUUGUACUUUAACCAGUUUUUUUGUUUACCCAAACCUGGUUACAACAAUGUUAACAUGCUAGAUGAUAUUGUGUCAUAAUUUAUCAACCAUACGUUUGAGACCCCUGCCCUAGACAACCCAAUCUCUCUAUACAUGACUUGUCUGCAGGGGAAGCUAAAGCCAACGCCCCAUGCGUGGUUUUCAUUGACGAGUUGGACAGCGUCGGAGGGAAGAGAAUCGAGUCUCCCAUGCACCCUUACUCCAGACAGACCAUCAACCAGCUACUGGCUGAGAUGGACGGGUAUGUUUUCAAUGUGUUCUUCUGGGUUGUGUUCAAUGACACUAUAUAUAUAUAUAUUAUUUUGAAACGGAGUGAAAUAGAGAGCUUCUACCUGAAUUUGUCCAAUAAGAACACAGAUUCUUUGUUGCAAAAUGUUUUGCACUGGUGUGCCGUACUGAACACUACCGUGGUGUAGCACCACUGUUACUUUAUGUGGGGAGAAACCUGACUUUCCUUAACCUUUUCACGUUUGUCACCCGCAGGUUCAAACCAAACGAAGGGGUCAUCAUCAUCGGAGCGACCAACUUCCCUGAGGCUUUGGAUAAGUAUGUUAAGCUUUGUUCAUCUCAUAAUGUUUCACAAUGAAAUGUCAAUUUUUCACAGUGCCUGUGUGGCAUUAGUUUACAUGAGUACAGAAUGACUUGCCAUGUUAAAACAAACCUAGACGGAGUGAAGCUCUCCCUCCUAACUAUCGCCCCCUUCCCUCCCUAGCGCUCUGAUUAGGCCGGGACGUUUUGACAUGCAGGUCACUGUCCCCAAGCCAGACGUGAAAGGGCGCACAGAAAUCCUCAACUGGUACUUAAGGAAGAUCAAAGUAGACCCUGGUACGUGAGCAACAUACAUGUGUGAUAUGUGUUGGCCAUAGCUUGAGUCUAUUGCUAAUGAACACUAGGUUCACACAUAAGUGAAUCUGCUUUGCUAAAUGCUAAUGGAUACUGUACAUGCAAAUAGACUAUGGCUAUAUGAGAAUCUGUAGUGGUAACAUGCUAACAGACUAUGGCUACUUGCUAAUGGCUACAUUUUAAAAUAGACUACGGUGACAUGCUAAAAAAUACAUGCUAAUAGAAUAUGGCUACAUGCUAAAGGCUACAUACUAAAAUACAAUUGUUAUAUAAGAAUCUGCACUGGCAACAUGCUAACGGAUACAUGCUAAAUAGACUAUGGCUACAUGCUAAUAGAUGGCUAUAUGAGAAUCUGCAGUGGUAACAUGCUAGUAAGACACUGUAGUUGACCUAGCUUAGCUGUCACUGUUCCUGCUAACGACCUGGCUUCCUCAUGCAGACAUCAAGGCUGGGAUCAUCGCCAGGGGCACAGUGGGCUUCUCCGGGGCCGACCUGGAGAACCUGGUGAACCAGGCGGCUCUGAAGGCGGCGGUGGACGGCAAAGACAUGGUGACCCUCAAAGAGCUGGAGUUUGCCAAGGACAAGAUCCUCAUGGGUGAGCACUGGUGUAGGAAUAGGGAGAAAAUAGAAAUACACCCCUUAAUCACAAAUCUGCCCCUUCCCCUAUGCACUUGUUUAGAUCUGAGAGGAUUAGAUAAGUGUAAUCAAUAUGGUGGUAGCCCAUCUUACUCUUUGAUAGGCCGUGGAAUUGGCACCAUAUUGCUUACACCUUAGCCUCGGAAACCCAGGCUUCUCAGAGGAAGGCCCGAAUAAAUUGCAUAAGACUUCAACCACCCAAGCCAUAGACUGUUCGCUCUGCUACCGUCCGGCAAACGGUACCGGAGCAUCGGUUCUCGGACCAGCAGGCUGAGACAGCUUCUAACCCCAUGCCAAAAGACUGCUAAAUAGCCAUAAGACUGCUAAAUAGUUAAUUAAAUGGUUACAUAGACUAUUUGCAUUGACCCUAUCUUGCACUGACUCUAUGCACACUCACAAGACUAUAUAUGUGCACUAUAUACAGUGCCUUCAGAAAGUAUUCAUACACCUUGACUUAUUCCACAUUUUGUUGUGUUACAGCCUGAAUUCAAAAUGGGUUAAAUUGAUUUUUUCCACCCAUCUACAUGCAAUACCCUAUAAUGACUAAGUGAAAACAUGUUUUUAGAAAUGUUUGCAAAUGUAUUGAAAAUGAAAUACAGAAAUAUCUCAUUUACAUAAGUAUUCACACCCCUGAGUCAAUACUUUGUAGAAGCACCUUUGGCAGCGAUUACAGCUGUGAGUCUUUCUGGGUAAGUCUCUUAAGAGCUUUCCACACCUGGAUUGUGCAACAUUUAUCCAUUUAUUAUUUUCAAAAUUCUUUAAGCUCUGCGAAAUUGGUUGUUGAUCAUUGCUAGACAACCAUUUUCAGGUCUUGCCAUAGAUUUUCAAGUAGAUGUAUGUCAAAACCGUAAAUAGGCCUCUCAGGAACAUUCACUUUCUUCUUGAUAAGCAACUCCAGUGUAUAUUUGGCCUUGUGUUUUACGUUAUUGUCCUACUGAAAGGUGAAUUCAUCUCGAGGUGGAAACAAGACGUUUCGGUACAAUUUUGUAAAUGCAGACAGAUCAUUUGUUUGUUCGACAUGGUAGGAUCUUUUUGUGUCUGUAAAAUAAUGAAUGCAAGAAAUGGCGAUGGAAACGCCUUUAUGCACAAAUAUUGAUAUAAUAACCAUCAUAUCGACGUAAACUUGGAGUCACGCGAUGAUAUGCUGUGUGGUCCUCCCACUACAACUCGGGAAAGCAUGCAGUUUAUUAGGCUACAGAUGAAAUAAGUUAUGGUGAACUUCACAGGGUGAUGAAAGUGCACAGUGAUCUUGAUGCUCCUUUCCAAUAAAUAUCGAGGGUCUGUUUCUAGUGACAUGAUGAUCGAUGCUUGACUGCCAUUUGACAAAUAAAAAUAUCCAUAAUAAUCUCAUCAUGUAAACUAGCCUAUCUGUACAGCCUACCCACACUGUAUCUGUAAGCUGUUGGCUAGAGUGCACAUGCCAAGACCAGAGUAGGCACAUUUGCUAUUCAACACAACAGUUUCUGUGACAAAACUAUUGGUAGAGUUGAAAAUGCGAUGGAAACACAUUGAACGUUAGAUUUUUAUUCGGUGCAUUAAAACUUAACCUAAAAAGUACAUUUUGUGUGCACGUCGUCAUCACGCACUGAUUUUUAUCCGCAACAAGUCCGUUUGGUGGAAACACAUCACUGGUAGGAAAAUUCGCAUAUUUUCUUUAUGUAGAUUUGAGAAUAUUCGCAUGAAAAUCGGUCACCAAUUGGAUGGAAACAUAGCUACUGUCUAGCUUUUAUUUUGGUGAUUGUUAGUUCUCAAAGAUGAUCUUAUUUAGAAAUAUAUACAGUGAAUUCGGAAAGUAUUCAGACCCCUUUACUAUUCCUACUCAAGCUACACACAAUACCCCAUAAUGACAAAGAAAAAACAGGUUUUUAUACAUUUUUGCAAAUUUUUUAAAAAAAUUAAAAAAGAAAUACCUUAUUUACAUAAGUAUUCAGACCCUUUGCUAUGAGACUCGAAAUUGAGCUCAGGUAAAUCCAGUUUCCAUUGAUCAUCAUUGAAAUGUUUCUACAACUUUAUUGGUGACCAACCUGUGGUAAAUACAAUUGAUUGGACAUGAUUUGGAAAGGCACACACCUGUCUAUAUACGGUCCCUCAGUUGUCAGUGCAUGUCAGAGCAAAAACCAAGCCAUGAGGUCAAAGGAAUUGUCUGUAGAGCUCCGAGACAGGAUUGUGUCAAGGCACAGAUCUGGGGAAGGGUUCCAAAAUAUUCCUGCAGCAUUGAAGGUCACAAAGAACACAGUAGCCUCCAUCAUUCUUAAAUGGAAGAAGUUUGGAACCACCAAGACUCUUCCUAGACCUGGCCGUUCAGCCAAACUAAGCAAUCGGGGGAGAAGGGCCUUGGUCAGGGAGGUGAUCAAGAAACCGAUGGUCACGGGGGGCCAGUAUGAAAAAUUUAAAAAUAAUGUAUGCACUCACUAACUGUAAGUCGCUCUGGAUAAGAACGUCUGCUAAAUGACUAAAAUGUAAAUGUAAAUGUAUGUCACUUUGAAGGAGCUCCAGAGUUCCUCUGUGGAGAUGGGGAAACAACCAUCUCUGCAGCACUCCAUCAAUCAGGCCUUUAUGGUAGAGUCUCCAGACGGAAGCCACUCCUCAGUUAAAGGCACAUGACAGCCCACUUGGAGUUUGCCAAAAGGCACCUAAAGGACUCUCAGACCAUGAGAAACAAGGUUCAGGACAACAACCCUAAGCACACAGCCAAGACAAUGCACGAUUGGCUUCGUGACAAGUCUCUGAAUGUCCUUGAGUGGCCCAGCCAGAGCCCGGACUUGAACCCGAUCGAACAUCUCUGGAGAGACCUGAAAAUAGCAGUGCAGCGAUGCUCCCCAUCCAACUUGACAGAGCUUGAGAGGAUCUGCAGAGAAGAAUGGGAAAAACUCCACAAAUACAGGUGUGCCAGCUUCUAGCAUCAUAUAUAAGAAGACUCUAGGCUGUAAUCGCUGCCAAAGGUGCUUCAACAAAGUACUGAGUAAAGGGUCUGAAUACUUAUGUAAAUGUAAUAUUUCAGUUUUGUAUUUUUUAUAAAUUUGCAACAUUUUCUAAAAACCUGUUUUUGCUUUGUCAUUAUGGGGUAUAUUGACGAGGGGGAAAAAACAAUUGAAUCCAUUCUAGAAUAAGGCUGUAACGUAACAAAAUGUGGAAAAAGCCAAGGGGGUCUGAAUAUUUUCCAAAUGCACUGUAAGUGUGUCCAAUAUCUUUUCUACAUACUUUAUAUCUCAUUUUAGUCAUCCAAAGUUUACACUGAAAACGUUUUUUCAUCCCAUUUUUUAAAAUUAUUAUUAUAUUAUAUAUUUUUUUACUGUUUGACAUAGGCGCCCGAAAAAACAGUUAGGCGGCACGUCCAAGACUUGUCUAUGUAGAAAAAACUCUGUAAGAUACAAAGCGAAUUCCGCAUAGGCUACUUAAACCGAGACACGGACAAAGAAGAAAAGAACUACAACUGAACACAAGGGGAAAAAGCAUUUCUACUCAGAGCCAAUCAAAAGUGAGCGCUGAAUGCCACCGACUCUCUGACCGCUCCCAUUCAAACUAGAAAUCCAAACCUGAAUUACGCCCAGACUUCCAAUAGUCGAGUGAACGAGACGGGACUACUAACACCUAUACAAUCCUCUCAGAUCUUCCUAGGGGUAUAUUUGGGAUUCAGGGACCGAAUGGCUCCGAGCAGGAAAUCAAGUGAUUAUCUCUAUCCAUCUCUUCCCUCCCACAGGCCCAGAGAGGAAGAGUGUGGAGAUAGACCAGAAGAACAAGGAGAUCACGGCCUACCACGAGUCUGGCCACGCUAUCGUGGCGUACUACACCAAGGACGCCAUGCCUAUCAAUAAGGCCACCAUCAUGCCCAGAGGGCCUUCCCUGGGUCAUGUAAGUGGGACUAGAAAUAGGGAAAUUUUAACAUAUAGGAAACAAGAUGGGUAGGGAACACAACAUGGUUAGACUAUUAGAAUAUGAAAAAAGUGGAAUUUUAUACUGGUUUCUUAUAUGAAGGCUAUGACGCCGAAAUAAAACCAAGUAUUUUUCAGGAAUCUGUUCUGCUGAGCAUGCCAAUAGAAUAAUGCAUAAUUUCGAUAUUAUGAAGAGUCCCUUAAUUCCUCCAUUGUUCUGUCUUGCAAAUUAAAAUCGUAGUUUUUUAUGUUUUUAGAAUCGUCAAGUGUGAAAUGGUUGUUUCCGUUUGCUGCCAGGCCUCACUCCUCUUCCCCCACUGUCCAUCCCAGGUGUCUAUGCUCCCGGAGGAUGACCGCUGGAGCGAGACGCGUGCUCAGUUGCUGGCCCAGAUGGAUGUCAGCAUGGGAGGCCGCGUGGCAGAGGAGAUCAUAUUUGGCAAUGAGUUCAUUACCACUGGUAUGUAUGGGGAUGUAGAGUUAGUGUAGGAGCAGGAGGGCAAUUAGAGUACAGAGUUACAGUAUACACCAAGCACAGUACUGUAGUGCAAAAGCAUAUUCCCGAAAACGGGAUGGUGCAUCUCGGGGGAGGGGGUAAUCCUGGCUUCCAAAUGUAAAAUAAAUAAUAUUCAAGUUUGGGGGAUUUAUGAUAUGGUCAUAUAGCUGACACUUUUAUCCAAAGUGACUUACAGAUUUGUCGAAUAUUGACAGUGACACAUAUUUUCAGUAUAUGUGACCCAUGCAGGAAUCGAACCCACUUCCUUACUGUUGCCAGCACCAUGCUCUGAUUCACUGAGCCAAUGGUAUCUUUUAGCCCGUUAAUAAUCUUCCAAGAGUCCAAGACUAAACAAACUAUAUAUUAAAUACAUGUUCAUCUUUUUUAUUUUUUAGGGGCAUCAAGUGACUUUGAUGCUGCCACCAAAAUUGCAAAAAUGAUGGUGACCAGAUUUGGAAUGUGUGAGAGGGUAAGUUAUGUUUGGUCGGGAAAGAGGAAAUUAAUUAAUGUCUUAUACUGCAUGAGCAAACUCCUGCUGUUUGUAUUGUAUGCCCUUCAAGACCUAUGACCUAGUGUGGAACCUUUACAGAGAUCUAGCUCUGUUUCUCAAUUAAAUUCAAUGAGCUUCAUUGGCAUGAAUGGGAACCACCCUAUGUUGCAGCACUACAUACAGUGCAUUCGGAAAGUAUUCAGACCCCUUCCCCUUUUCCACAUUUUGUUACGUUACAGCCUUAUUCUAAAAUGGAUUAAAUAAAAACAUUUCCUCAUCAAUCCACACACAAUACCCCAUAAUGACAAAUGUAUUAAAAAUAAAAAACUGAAAUACCUUAUUUACAUAAGUAUUCAGAACCUUUGCUAUGAGACUCUUAAUUGAGCUCAGGUGCAUCCUGUUUCCAUUUAUCAUCCUUGAGAUGUUUCUACAACUUGAUUGGAGUCCACCUGUGGUAAAUUAAAUGGAUUGGACAUGAUUUGGAAAGGCACACACACGUUUGGAACCACCAAGACUCUUCCUAGAGCUGGCCUCCCGGCCAAACGGAGCAAUCGGGGGAGAAGGGCCUUGGUCAGGGAGGUGACCAAGAACCUGAUGGUCACUCUGACAGAGCUCUAGAGUUCCUCUAGUGGAGAUGGGAGAACCUUCCAGAAGGACAAUCAUCUCUGCAGCACUCCACCAAUUAGGUCUUUAUGGCAGAGUGGCCAGACGGAAGCCACUCCUCAGUAAAAGGCACAUGACAGCCCCUUGGAGUUUGCCAAAAGGCACCUAAAGACUCUCAGACCAUGAGACAAGAUUCUCUGGUCUGAUGAAACCAAGAUGGACUCUUUGGCCUGAAUGCCAAGCGUCACGUAUGGAGGAAACCUGGCACCAUCCCUACGGUGAAGCAUGGUGGUGGCAGAAUCAUGCUGUGGGGAUGUUUUUCAGCGGCAGGGACUGGGAGAAAAGUCAGGAUCGAGGGAAAGUUGACCGGAGCAAAGUACAGAGAGAUCCUUGAUGAAAACCUGCUCCAGAGUGCUGAGGACCUCAGACUGGGGCGAAGGUUCACCUUCCAACAGGACAACGACCCUGAGCACACAGACAAGACAACGCAGGAGUUGCUUCAGGACAAGUCUCUGAAUGUCCUUGAGUGGCCUAGCCAGAGCCUGGACUUGAACCCAAUCGAACAUCUCUGGAGAGACCUGAAAAUAGCUAUGCAGUGACCCAUCCAACCUGACAGAGGUUGAGAGGAUUUGCAGAGAAGAAUGGGAGAAGCUCCCCAAAUACAGGUAUACCAUACAUACCCAAGAAGACUCGAGGCUGUAAUCGCUGCCAAAGGUGAUUCAACAAAGUACUGAGUAAAUGGUCUGAAUACUUAUGUAAAUGUGAUCUUUUUAUUUAUUAAUUUUUUAUACAUUUGCAAAGAAUUCUAAAAACCUGUUCUUGCUUUGUCAUUAUGGGGUAUUGUGUGUAGAUUGAUGAGGGGAAAAACAAUGUAAUCAAUUUUAGAAUAAUGCUGUAACGUAACAAAAUGUGGAAAGAUUCUAGGUGUCUUUCUGAAUGCACUGUAUAUAUUGUGACAGUAUAUAUUUCUCUAUCUCUCUCACUCACUCACACGCUCUCUCACCUGUGUUGUAGCUGGGGGUCAUGACCUAUGCUGACCAAACCAAGCAGAGCCCGGAGACACAGGCUGCCAUCGAACACGAAGUCAGGAUACUUUUAAAGGUACGUUUCCACCUCCAUCGUCCUUCCAAGGCCCUGACAUGGUGCUCUUUGUCUUGUGGUUUUUAUGUUCCCCAUUUCUCAACCUAGCUCAUUCAGAGUUAUACAGUUUACGGAAAUAACAGACACAAUUUACAGGUGUGUCUAAGCCCUUAAUUGCACUGUAACAUAUCAAAACUUUCUAUAGCUCCACCACCGCCUGGUACGGCAACUGCUCGGCAUCCGACCACAAGGCGCUACAGAGGGUAGUGCGUACGGCCCAGCACAUCACUGGGGCCAAGCUUCCUGCCAUCCAGGACCUCUAUACCAGGCAGUGUCAGAGGAAGGCCCUAAAAAUUGUCAAAGAAUCCAGCCACCCUAGUCAUAGACUGUUCUCUCUGCUACCGCACAGCAAGUGGUACCGGAGCGCCAAGUCUAGGUCCAAAAGGCUCCUUUACAGCUUCUACCCCCAAGCCAUAAGACUGCUGAACAGUUAAUCAAAUGGCUACCCGGACUAUUUGCAUUGUCCCCCCCUCCCUCUUUUACACUGCUGCUACUCGCUGUUUAUUAUCUAUGCAUAGUCACUUUACCCCUACCUACAUGUACAUAUUACCUCACUUACCUCGACUAACCUGUACCCCCGCACAUUGACUCGGUACCGGUACCCCCUGUAUAUAGCCUCGUUAUUGUUAUUUCAUUGUGUUACUUAUUUUUUUACUUUUGUUUAUUUAGUAAAUCUUUUCUUAACUCUUAUUUUUCUUAAAACUGCAUUGUUGGUUAAGGGCUUGUAAGUAAGCAUUUCACGGUAAGGUCUACACCUGUUGUAUUCGGCGCAUGUGACAAAUAACAUUUGAUUUGAUUUGUAGCCCUUUCACUCAAACCGGGUCCAUUAUCUUACAUUUACAUUUUAGUCAUUUAGCAGACGCUCUUAUCCAGAGCGACUUAGUUAGUGAGUGCAUACAUUUUCAUACUGGCCCCCCGUGGGAAACGAACCCACAACCCUGGCGUUGCAAGUGCCAUGCUUUACCAACUGAGCUACAGGCUUCAUUCUAACGCGACACGCAGUCGCCAUGAGCCAUCGAUAGUGGAACUCAUCUCUAACAAUUGAGAUGUUGCUCACACUAGUUCCUACUUCUGAAAACCACUCCGCUCUCCGUAGCUAUGAUGCACUGGCUACUACAGCAAAUCAUGCUCGAUCAGAUGAGCAAACGUGCUCCAGCUAGCAGCCUAGUGCUAGCUUGUUUGAAUGGCCAUUACGGUAGCUAGUUUCCCAGCUUGUUGAUAAUGUUAUGGGACUGUUCUCAGAAAUCAGCAUGUAUUGGAAUCUGACAGCUGGCACUGUGCCUCGCUAGUACUUUGUAACAUUUGGCCAACGCGAUAACGUCGCAGCUAGAGCAAUCAGCUGUGCUGAAGAACUCUGCGCACUAAUCACAGCUAACCUAACAUAGCAGGGGUUAAAAAAUGCCUGAAACUAGAUCUCCUACAUACUGGUCUUGAUAAGAAGAAAAAAAAUGAGAAGAAAAAAAACUGUUCAAUCAAUCCAGUAAAUGUGGAGGAGGAGUUAGGAUUGAGUGUCGCCUUGUUAAUGUCCAAAACCGGAAGUCACGUCACAGGCUCUCUUUCCAUUUGACCUGAAAACCGAAACAUCCGCUUGUUGGGGACUCUGCAGAGGCUAAUCACGGCAGAACAGACACCGGCUUAACCUGAAAACUAGCUAGCUAGAAAUGUUUUGUACACAAUUAGAAAUUCAUAAAUACUGAUUCUACAACCACAAAACACCUUAGGUAGAUUUAUACUGAAAAAAAUAUAAACGCAACAUGCAAUAAUUUCAAAGAUUUUACUGAGUUACAGUUCAUAUGAGGAAAUCAGUCAAUUGAAAUAAAUUCAUUAGGCCCUAAUCUAUGGAUUUCACAUGACUGGGAAUACAGAUAUGUAUCUGUUGGUCACAGAUACCUUUUUAAAAAAUGGGCCUCACAAUGGGCCUCAGGAUCUCGUCACGGUAUUUCUUUGCAUUCAAAUUGCCAUCGAUAAAAUGCAAUUGUGUUCGUUGUCCGUAGCUUAUGCCUGCCAAUACCAUAACCCCACCGCCACCAUGGGGCACUCUUUUCACAGCAAACCACUCGCCCACACGACGCCAUACACGUGGUCUGCGGUUGUUAGGCCAGUUGGACGUACUGCCAAAUUCUCUAAAAUGACGUUGGGGGCGGCUUAUGGUAGAGAAAUGAACAUUACAUUCUCUGGCAACAGCUCUGGUGGACAUUCCUAGCUAGCAAGUGACACAAACGUUAGUCAGCCUGCAUAGGAAACAUUUUUGUUACAACGGACGACCAGACCUUUUGCAUAACAACAGAAUUAACGACUGGUCGCAUCUGUGGCAACAUGACCAAAAGAACAAACAGAUUUUUAACCGGACUGGUGGUAGAAUGAAAUUGGUGGAAGAAUGAAAUUGUAGGAAUUUACUUAUCAAAAUAAAUUAAAAUAUGUAAUUCAUUGUUAUUUUAAUAUGUUGUUAACUGUUCUAUAAAAGUGAUAAGGCAUGCAAGAGUGCGCUAUGUGAUGAAUACAGUCACAGGUAAAUGGGUUGACUGGCCCAUCAUUUCGUGUCGGGCCGAACAACACCAUUUAUCUGUGACUGUAUUAAUCACAUAGCACGGCCUCUUGUGCCUUAUCGCUUAAAUAUUAGCUACAAGUAUAUCGUUUUUUUUUACUCUGACUCUUUUUAGGAUGAAAGGGGGUUCAGUGGACGAUGUCACCUUGGAAACAUUUUAGAAUGUUAGGACAGCAUAUUGUAGCCAAACUUAUUUUGAGCUAUCCCAUGAGUGUUUGGGAGCUAUCAGACAGAUCAGUGCAGACCACUGACGUGAGACAAUGCCCCUGCCUGUGUAAAAAUAAUUUCCUGACUCUUCUGGUGGUUUGUGUGGUCCUCAGGAUUCGUACGAGCGGGCCAGGGCGCUCCUCAAGUCCCACGCCAAGGAGCACAAGAACCUGGCCACCGCCCUGCUGCAAUACGAGACGCUGGAUGCCAAAGAGAUCAAGAUGGUCCUGGAGGGCAAGGCCCUGGAGAUCAGAUGA